GCUCGCCGCCGCCGGAGAAGAAGAAGGUGUCGCGCGCUCGUGUUCGUCGGAGAAGAAGAAGAUGUCUGGACAUGGAAUGGGUAAACCGGAUAUGAUUAAGGCGAGAAAUAAGGAGAGAAUGGAGGGUCGUGCUUGUAGACUUACGGCGACUGGUAGGAAGGAAAAUGAAGAAAAAAAUCCACCUAAGGUUAGAAGGAAGAAG